UACAAUGACAGCGCAGCGCUUAACUGCACUGUAAAAAUAAAUUUGCAACUGUAUUAUUGAAACACCAUUGGCGAUAAAAAAAAUAAAUAAAAUGGAUAAAAUAGAUGAAUAGGUGACCUGUUUUUAACAAGAAUUAGUGUAGUUUGCAUUGCCGGGUCUUUAUGACUUUACUUAUUAUAAGUAAAAUGAAUUGGAGAAAAUUUGCAGUUAUAACAUUUUUGAUAUUAACAAGUAUUUCUUCUGCUAUAAAUAUUACAGACGAAGAGUACAGAUUGAUACCAGACCUGUUUAAUUUUGACGAUUACGACAAAUGCAUUUUUUACAGUACUGAUCCUGAACCAACUUAUUGCAGGGUUACGAUUAAAUUGCUGCCCAAAAAUCGUUCACAGUCAAACGCUGUAUGGAGUGUUAUAGAGCAAGUGAGCUCGGACAAAAGAAACUAUUGCCACGAUUUACUAAGGCACGGUAUAUGUGCCAGUAAGAAAUGCGUAAAGUACAACACGACAACAUCUGAGUGCCUAAAUCGCAUCUACAGUACAAAAUAUGGACAUUUAGGACUCGAUGGUAAAAUUAACCAAUUAGACUGCGAAACGAAGGAACCCGAUUAUGUUAUAAACACCGGAGACCUUAUUCUUUUGGUGGUUUUAGGAACUUAUGUGGUCUUUGUAGUAAUCGCUUCAAUAUGGUUGGCGAUUUAUGGAAAGAAAACUGUUAAAAAUGAAGACACAAAAAUAUCUCCGGUGGAGAACUUUCUCUCUGUGUUUUCACUGUCUGAUAAUUUCCGUUUUAUAUUUAACAAAAACACUGGAAACCAGACAAAGAAUUAUCUAUCAAUUUUUCAAGGGAUUCGAUUUUUUUGUUCGCUUCUUGUGAUUGGGUUCCAUGCACUACUGUCUUAUGCACGAUUUCCAGUUUCUAACCCCCAAACAGUAGAAAAACAAGUAACUAGUUUUAGUGUAGUUGCUUUAGUCAACCACUCCAUGCUUUUUCAAGCUUUCUUCUUCAUUUCCUCUUUUCUAACCACAGUUAAUUUUUACAAUCACCUGAGACGUGUAAACGAUGUUACUCUGGAAUACGUUGUACGCAAAAUUGUCAAACGAUACAUUAAGUUUACCUCAGCACAAAUUAUUCUUAUCGCUUUGCAAAGUAGAUGGUUUGUGCACUUAUCUCGGGGCCCGUUUUGGGACCAAAUAAUGGGGCUUGAAGGCAGACUGUGUAGUGAAAUGUGGUGGACAAACCUUCUUUACAUCAAUAACUUUUUCUUUGACCAUGGAUUGUGUUUACUCCACUCGUGGUCAUUGUCGGUAGAAUUUCAGCUGACUGUAAUUGGUUUAUUAGUUUUGUGGCUGACGCAAAAGAAUUCGAAACGUCUGUUUUUGAUUUCAAUAGGAUUACUUUUAGUGCAGGUCGUAUGGACGUUCUUUUAUUUAGGAUGGAAUAACUUCGAAUUUAGUACUUUAUUUACGCCAGAGUCACUGUAUGGUUUUACUUUUUUGUUUAGGAAAGAGUGGCAAGCGACUUGGAUAACCACCGUCUCCAAUUUAGCUGGACUUGCCUGGGGGUUGCUUUUCGGCUACAUAUAUUCACACCGCCAGAAUAACACAUUUAUUACUAAAAAAUCUGACCACAUUUGGUGGUACGCGAUUGUACUUAUUUCCACUUUUGGAACGAUAUUUUUUUCUGGAUUUUACAAGACCAGUGAUUAUUACUCGAACAGCAGGUGGUUCGCUGCUAGCUAUGGUAGCAUUGAAAAAGUGGUAUGCGUGUUUGGCAUCAGUCUUUUUAUUUUUGGCACGUUGCAGGGUCUUGGUGGAUUUGUUAGAAACUUUCUGGAAUGGGCUCCAAUGCAUACUCUGGGCACGUUAUCGUUUGGUACAUAUUUAGUUCAUUUUACGUUUUUUAACAUGGACAUCGCUUUAAAACGAAAUCCCACUUACUUCUCGCCUUAUUUGAUAACUAGCGAGAUAUUUAAAAAUGUUGUCAUGUCCAACUUUUGUUCAGUGAUCUUGACAGCGUUUGUUUUGAUGCCAAUAGAAAGUUUAACGAACAGGUUUUUGUAAAAAUAAAUAUUGUAGGACUUGCAUCGA